AUGUGGAACAUUCGGCCUUUGAUGAACACUAUUAUGUUCACCUUUAUGGAAAUCAUUAGGAAUAUCAUGAAAAUAUUUAUUCCACUGCAAUACCGAAUGGAGAAUAUUUCUGGUGAGAUUGCUCUCAUCACUGGUGCUGCUGAAAGUCUUGGAAGAGCAUUGGCCCUUAGUUUAGUUAAUCAUGGUGCCAUCGUUGUCAUUUGGGACAUCAACCAAAAAGACAUCUUUAAAGUAUUGAAAUACGUUUCAAAAAGAGAAUUUAAUUAUACUAGAAACCGAUUCAAUAAUCUUUUGUUCGCAUUCACUGUUAAUGCGAAGCAUAUUAUCUGA